GUCGUCGUGAUGCUCUUCUGUUCUUUCUUGUCUUUCUGGUUUCGUCCUUCCAGUUCAUUCAGCGCCUACCUCGUCGGUACACUAGCUAUAUCGUGUUAUUGUGACUUUUUCUAUUCUUUCAUGACACAGAACGAUCGUCAAUACUAUUCAUUCAAUUAGUUGGAAGUUGAAAAUAGAUUUGUGUUUUUAUAUUUGAUUCAUUGCUUUUUAAAACGUUCUUGUGAUUUCAUGUGUUGUUGCUGUCGCACGCGAUUUAUACUGACAAUCAUAAACUUCAGAUUCCCCGGAGAACUUGAAUGGAAAGAGUACCGAGAUUCAUCGUAAAGGAACAGUUUGACGCGCUUCAAUACUACAUUUCUCUCGUUUUACUUUAAAUUGGCUGUUUGUUUUGUGGUGGAUUUUCAUCGUUCUUUUCAAGAGUUCUCAAAAUCGAGAGAGAGAGAGAGAGAGAGAGAGAAAGAAAAAAAUUAUCCUUUUACGUGUGAUUGUGUUUUCUCUAGUGCUAUUAAUAAACUUAUCAAUGGUUUCUGUGAUGAUAUUUUCAUAGAAGAGGAUACCCUGAUCGUAGUCUAAUCAAUCGUGCCUUGGCAUUAUGUGCCACCUGAGAAUACAGUUUUAUAGCGAAAAUCCGAGAUAAAAAUAUGAAUUGAUUCGUGAUUUUAAAUUAAUGGAAAGGUGGAUGUCAAACACGUUUUUUAUCUACCGAGAUACACAAGUUAUUUGAUUCGUGACAAUGAGGAAAGUUAAUAUAGUUAUAUUAUUAAAUAGUCGGGAAGCGAGCCUAGCCGGGGCAGCAGUGCGGCAGAGAUGAAACAUUGUCGGGAAACGCGUUUACCAGCCCAGCCUCACACGAGACGCGAAUGUCUCGUCUGGGCUAGGAGAUUAAAUAGAAAUUUUCAAAGUAAAAACGUUAAUGAAAAGAGACAUGGAGCACAAGCAAACGAUCUUGCUCGCACCUGCGUUGAGCAACAGCAGCUGUUGGCGGAGAGACACAUCCGAAGCCACUUGGACUGGACCAGGCCCAGGGGAAUUGUUACGCGCCGCUUUAAUUCUUGCACUCAGUCUCGGUAUUCUUUGUGCCAAUCUUCUAGUAAUAUGCGUCAUAAACAGCAGACGAUACAGCAAAUAUAUUCACGCACAGCCAAAGUACUUACUUACAAGUUUGGCGAGCAACGACCUAGCUAUUGGUCUUCUGGUUACACCAUUCGGCUUCUUACCAGCCGUCUACGGAUGUUGGCCAUAUGGUGAAGUCGUCUGUCAAAUACAGGCACUUCUUAGAGGAGCUUUAACUCAGCAGAGCGCUGUUAUCCUCGUCUGUAUGGCAAUUGAUCGUUACAUUUGUAUGCUACACCCGCAUCAUUAUCAUAAGCACACAUCUAAAAAGGGUUGCGUGGCAGUGAUGUCAACUACUUGGAUAGCAAGCGUGGCGAUUUUUGGUGCUCUCGUACUACCAAGAGGUGGUUACUACUUUAACGGCUCUGGUCUCCUUGCCUGCGACCCUUUCUUCGCCAGGGCUUCCCUUCGGAUUCUUGCGUGCUGUUGUUUUUAUUUCCCUACAACGAUGGUGCUGAUGUAUUGCUACGGUUCAGCCUUCCACGUUAACAAACUGCGCCUGAAAAGGGUGGUUUGCGUUAACACGCCGGAGGUCGUUAGUGGAGGCCAUAUGGAGAGGCUUGUAGCUCACGAGAGACGACUGUCAACUUCUGCCUCGCGAACAAUGGCUGCAAUGAGUUUAGGAUUCAUUGUUAUGGUCACACCAUGGACAAUUCAGGAAGUCGUUGCAGCUUGUACCGGAAGCAAACCACCACCAUUCCUCGACUUCCUUGCCACGUGGCUUGCGCUCUCCAACAGCUUCUGGAAUCCGUUCCUCUAUUGGCUGCUCAACAAUCACUUUCGCCGUAUUUCAAGGGAGAUACUCUACACUAAGGUACUUUGUAGGCCAAAACCGUUGGGACCGAAACAGCAUUGUUGCGCUACUAGCACAGGUGGUCUUGAUGUUUGCAGUAUAGGAGGAGUUGACUUAUCAGGUUUAGAGCGUUGCUCAAUAGACCGAUUUUCGAUGGCUCGGUGUUCCUCUUCGUCAUUAGCCAAUACACCGCCACCACUUCCUUGGGAGACCGGACAUGUCCUACAUAGUGAUGCUACGCCUACGUGAGUUAGGGAUGCCGCCACGCAAACGGAGGACAUAGGAUCUCCAACGCAUGCUAGUUAGUAUAGCGUGGCGGCAGAAUGGCACUCCGUGAUUCACUACGCUGGAAUUGAACAGUCAUCCCAUCGCCAGUAUUUCCGAAAUAACUCGUCUUCGUCGAUAAUGGAAUAUUCGUUGCAGGAAGAAAUGUUGCGGCGCGAACACUCUGCGCAAAUCCGACGUAAUCGCCGAUAUUAUUUGGAAAAUACGCGCUUCAAAAGCGUACCGGAUUUGAUUCGAGACGUCGAAUCCAGUUGACGUAUUUAUCUGAAAUACUAAACACGUUAUUGAAGAUAGGCAUAACGUGCUAUAAAUAACGAUAGAAAAUUGAUGUUCGUCGACGAACACAGUACGAUUUCCUACUAAUCAAAGAUUUAAGACUUUUUAUUAUAGAUUAACGAUAUUUAACCGAAAGAUGCAAGGCGUACUGUCUUGGAAGUUAAGAAUACGAUUUUUCAUAAUUUGAAUUAAAAUGUAAGUACAUGUCUGUAGUAUUAAAAUAUAAAAUAUAAUAAUAAACUUAAGCGAAUUAUAUAAAAUUAUUAUAUAGUUUCAAUGCUUCUCUAUGGUUUCAGAGUAAAAGCAAAAGAUUCCUUGGUAUCACUAACGAUUAGUGUUCAUUAAUAAUUAGUGAAUAAUUAACGAUUGUCUGUUAUACGGUAUCGUUUCAGUUCAAAGGCAUUUCGCUGAAAUAUAUGCCUGUAAUUUUUUGCCGAUAUACCAUAUAUUUAUAAUAACCGCACAAAUUAUAGGUAUAAAAUAGUAUUUAAGAAGUUGCAAUAAUUACUAUAUUUAAUUUACCUGUUAUAAUGUUUCUUUUCUUUUUUAAACUAUACUGUUAUGAUAACUGAAUAAAGCAAUUGUUUUAGAAAAAUUUAUCAAAUAUGGAACAACUUAAAUUGGAUAUUUAUGUAGAUAGGUAUGUAUAGCCUUAUGUUAAUUUGAUUGAUAUUUACCAUAUUUGUUAAGUUUGUUUAUUGUUAUAUAGGUCCAAAUAUUGGAUCACGUGCAACAUUUCUUGAGGAAUAUUAAAAUUUAACUUUUCCUGGAGUACUAACAGUAUUCUAUUGUACUACACAUUAUAUUAUAUAUUUUAAAUCUGGUAUAAUAAUACAGAUAUAUUUUCUCCACAUAUUGUCGUGGUUAUUAAAAUCAUUAUAGUUAUUGUUGUCGUUACUGUUGUUACUAUUACUAUGCAUCGUGCGGCAAUAAAUUGUAAUGUUCUGACCAUUUGUGAAUAGAGUGUGUUUUCAACGCAUAGAAGUAGCAAUUCGUGUGAACAAAAUUUGACUACAUAAAAGCAAAAAAGUGAUAAGAAUUAAAUGAAGAAAAUGGCAAAUAUGAAUACUUUACAAUUGUUAUAUCAUUUACAGAAUAGACGAUUCAGGGACUGUAAUAUAAGCUUGAGAAAUUGUUAUUAAUAAACGUCUCUUCACAAAACAAAAUUCCUAGAUCAUAAAUAUAACCGUAUGAUGUUGGAUAGAAACAUAAUGGUAUCUCUGUGUACGUCAAUAUUAUAUCCAGCAACGCAACGCUGUAUACUGUAUAAUAUAAGUAUUUUAUAAGCAAACGAAGAGUGAUGAGAAGAAACUAUCAUAAAAUUGCAAAAUUGCACAUAGACACAGUUUAGUGUUUGGUUGACAGAUACGCUAUAACUAAAUAAAGAAGAUCGAUAUAAUGUAGUUUCGUUUUUAGUUUUAAUUAUUGUAUAAAUUUAUAUGAAACAAAUGAAGAAAUCUUAGUGACCGGACAUCUUGUACAUUUUGCAUUAUUUUUCAUUUCUAGUACAAAAGUUUAUUUUUAUCUGAAUAUUAUAUUGAACAAUUAAUAAGUAAACUUACUGAAGAUAUUCACUUGGACUCCAGAUUAACUUGGAAAUUUACUAUAAUAUGUCCUGUAGGUAUUUAUAAAAGUAACUAUAAAUACUUGUUGUUGUAACACAAGUUGUACACGUAGUAAAGUAGAAAUCGUACCAUGUUGUACAAUAUUACACUAAUUAUAUACAUUUUUAACAACCUUUUUUCAACUUUAAAUUCAUUUGCAAUAUGAUAUUUGUAGAUUAUAUAUACGUAAAUGUCAAUAUAUGUACAUGUAUACAUGUACGCUAUUUAUGCAAUGUAUUCCGAAUGCGUUAUGAUAAUGCAAAGUUUAAUACAUCGUACGAUAGUCAACUUUUUCGUUAAGUUUCUAAGCUGUUUGUGAAUGCUAGUAUUUUUAUACUAAACGUAAUACUUGUUUAGUGCUUAUAAUGUAACAUUUUUGUAUAAGCUUUGUUCACACAAACCUGAUUGAUCGAGUUAUUUGAGUUUAUGUUUGAUUUUAUAAAUGUCAAGUUAUAAUUUGAAGUUACUUUGUUUUGGUUGUUUGCUCAAAUUACUGAAAUUGCAAUUGGUACUCCUUUCAAAGGGAGCAACUUGCAACCUAAAGUACUCAAAGAACUUGUUUUCAAAAUUUGAAAGGAUAUUUUAAAACACAUUAAUAAAAUAACAAAUUUGUAGUAACGUGUCUGAAAUUACUAAGUUAUAAAUAAAUUGAAUUCGAGUAACUUGACUAGUCUACACGAGGCUUUAGAUCGAUAUUAUGUCUCAUUAUUUAUUUCUUCAUCUCAGUAUGUACCAUACAACGCAUUUUAUUCGUUAAACAAUUAUCAGUAACUGCUUGAUUUUACGUACAAUACGAAUGGAGAACGUAACAGCUACCGGAUUUAAUUGGAAAUAUUUUACUGAACAAAAUAUUGCAAGAAAAAUAACCGUACGAUGUACAUUAAUCUUCCAAUAUGCUACUAUACAUCAUCGUAUGUAAGAUUGAAUUGGCGUUGUUAGUGUUGAGAGAUGAUAAGAGCGAAACACUGCCUGUUGGCUUGCCAACAACGUGAAAGCUCCUGUAUACCGAUGAAAUGAAACAUUUGACGUUGCCUCGAGCACAAAUAGCUCCUUAUGAAAUAGGGCACAAAUCAUUUUUGUAUCGAAUAAGCGAACGCGUAUCAAUUUUAAGUACUCAGAACUUAGUGUAGGAACGACUAGUGAAACGCUAAAAUGCCAGUUAGAUAAAACAUUUCUAAUAGCGAGAAUAAUGAUUUUUUAAUCAUCAAUUUACUAAAAUGAUUGCCUUAACCGAAGGAAUUUUUUGUGUAUUGGUAACAGAGACAUAUUACAUUGUAACCGAUUUAUACCGGGGAAGAAAUUUAAUUACACUUCUUAGCUUUUUAUUUUGGCUUUAGAACUUUUUAAAUUCGAUGGAAAUAUAAUUUGU